AGAGCGAGAUGUUCCGCGUCGAAUACGGCCGAGAACAUCCAAGUGUCGUGGCGGCUCGCGAAUUCGCCCAGAGAAGCAUGGCUGGUAUCAGGGCGCGUGAGGAAGCUCGUCGAGCCGAACGGGAGUUCGAGAGGAUAGCUCAGGAGCCGUUGCCGGAGGAUCUGCGCUUUGAUGUGCCGUUCGAGGAGGAAUUUUUACGCGAGGGCGAUAUAUCUUGGGAGGAGGAAGAGGACAUGCCGCUUCCGUCCAGGAUAAAGACCACCAUGCGCGAUAUACCAAGGCGCGAGGCACCCUACGAAUAUCCUCCUUUCGACCCGGAGGAGCUCGAGAGGUUCUUCGACGUGGAACAAUACCCACCAAGUCCGCUACGUGGACCACCACCUGGUCGCGAGCAUCUACCGCCGGAUCUUUGGGAGUUAGAGGAUCCUUGGGCAACGUGCGGCGUCUGUCCGAAGCGAGAAGUGUCCGAUCUCAUCCGCUUCGAGAGCCCUUAGUCCUUCGUCUGCCGCAUACAUGCUGAUCUGAUAGACUUGUUUCCGUUUCCGAGAUUCCAGGAU